AUGAAAAUUCUGGUUUCGUGGUUUCAAAGAGAGAAAUCAAAACAAAAGAAAGCAGUGGGACUGGGAAAGAUUUUACUAGUAUCAAACAAUUCAUUAUCUUCCCUGCCUGACGAAAUGUGCCGAAUGUCCCAGCUGACGGAACUGGACGCUUCUUGUAACCAGUUGACCCAUUUACCUCCUCGUUUGGGCGAGUUGAAGUCACUCCAAUCUUUGGUUCUCCGUAACAACCUCUUGUUAGCCGUGCCAAUAGAAUUGACCUAUUUGAAGUUGGUGAGGCUGGACCUCAGAGCCAAUAGGAUCAGCAAUCUUCCCAUCGAAUUAAGAAAUAUAUCGAGUUUAAUAGAGUUGUUAGUUGAUGAUAACCCUCUCACUAGUCCUCCGGCGAGUUUGUGCAAGCGUGGCAGAGUGCAUAUAUUCAAGUAUCUAGAGUUAGAAGCAUUAAAAUUUGACAGGCGACCGGAUUCGAACGGUGGAACGCUAGGUAGGAGGCCGAGAAGAAGUGGUGCGGGUUCAUCACCAGGACCUCUACACCUUACCGAUAGACUGAAACACAAAAGGCAUAAUGUAGAUAGCGGUUACAGUACAAGUAGUGAUUGUUAUGACAAACGAUGGUCUCAGGAAAUAACUAUAAGAACAGGAGACCAAAAUGGUACCCAAUCAACCUUAUCCACACCUUCAACAUUAUCACCAGCUCACGAAUCAAACAAUGAUGAGGAAGUUGGAAAAGUUAACGAGUUAGAUAAAGUCGACGGCCUAAAAUCCAGAGAAUAUGCCAGUGUACGUCUUAGUCCGUGUCCUGACAGUUUUUCUAACAGUAAUGGAACUGAUGAUAGAAAACCUUUACAUCAAAUUCAAACCUACAGGACAAAGGACGACCAAAGUUAUAAAACGGAACCAAAUACCCCAACCCAUCACGUAGCUCCAUCUCAAACUCUAGCCACCUCCCGAUCUGAUCCUACUCCUCUAAAUUCCGCCUUUAGUAAUCCCAAAACAAUUUUCGACGAUACUAGUCCCACCAAAAAGCCCGUGCAAAAAGUUCAACCCUCCAGAACGUAUUCUCCAGUCCACAUGAAUGGAGUAAGUGAUAAUAGAAACGGCUCGCCGAAAAUAAGCAAUUACGUCAAACCGAAAUCACCCAUGAAAGGAUCGUCAGACAUAAUGUCACACGAUAAUGUGCCUACCGUUAAAUCUGUGAUUACUAAUGGAAAGAGCUCCCCCAAAUUGGGAUUCCAUUCAACGCCGAGGAGUCCGAAAACUACGAAGAGUAUUAGUUGGAACCACGACGCCAAUAAUGACAAACUGUCAUUUACCAUGAGGAGAGAGAUAGAUAAGGCGAAGGAAGAGACUGAUCUUAUUAAUCAGUUAAGAAAUGUAAUUGAAACUAGACUGAAAAUGGCUUUGCCAGAAGAUUUGGCUCCAGCUUUGACAGACGGAGUAGUGUUGUGCCAUUUAGCAAACUAUAUCAAACCUAGAUCUGUAGCCAGUAUUCAUGUACCAUCUCCAGCAGUUCCGAAAUUGACGAUGGCUAGGUGUAGAAGAAACGUUGAUAAUUUCAUAGAAGCUUGUCGAAAGAUUGGAGUAGAUGAGAAUCUUUUAUGCUGUGCUGCAGACGUACUGGAAGGUAAAGGUCUAGUGCAGGUAGCAGUCACGGUGACUGAACUUUUAAGGUUUCAUAUGCCUAGAUCUCCUCUGCAUACAACGUCAGUAUCCACUAUUGUUUAG